AUGGAAUUAUGAAUCUGCAUAAAGGAGACACAGCGAUGGUUUUAUACGUGACGGUGAUCAACUUGGGCCACGACCCGCUGUCGCUUUCUAUCGUCAGCCGGACCUGCUGCCAGCAAGUGUCUCCGACUGACAUUGACUGUGACUCGAUGCUCAUGAUUGGAGGCGACAUGGGAGACAUUUAUCCGGGAGACGUCCAAAAUCUCACAGUAUUUUACCCAAAUAUGUACCUGAUCGACCGCGUCGGCUACUGCGAACUCGAGAUCGGCGUUCCCGACGGCGAGAAAAUUCUGCACAAGAUCCUCUUCAACACGACCGUGCCUCGGAGUGGAGUUGGUGUGCCGCCAUUUCUAAAUGAUUACUACAGCGCGGGCGAGCUGAAGAGGUGCAGAACCCCGGACUUGGAUCCCACGCGAGACUGCAAGCCCGUCUUGUGCGACAUCAAGUACAAUGGGUUGCGCAACUUCUUCAACGAAACCAGCUUUCGGUGCGAGCCCACGGCCAACUGCUGGGACACAAGUGACGACGAGAUGGUGUACCUGGCCGGCAGCAACACGUGUCGUCGUGCCGGGGAAGCCCUGACCGAAGAAGACAUGGACUUCUUCGAGAAGUUCCAGGAACAAAAGGAGCCGCUCAGAACCCUUCACGGAUACCCCAUUAAAGUGAACUGCCACAACGGACGUCCGGACCCGUCCGAAGGCUGGUGCGUGUGCGACCCGGGCUGGAAGAGCGACCCCCUGGACCACGACGGCUUCAACCCGGACCUGAUGGUGUACCACAUGUGCACCGUGUUCAGCGAGACGAGCAGCAGCACCGUGGCUCCCGGCGGCGGCGGCUCGGCCAAGGGCAGGCACACCAGGAAGAUGUACAUCGCCUACGUGCCCAAGAAGCGAAGACGUAUGAAUCUGAAGGUCGGUGAGCUGGUCGCGGUGCAGGAGCUGCCCGACAACGCCCGAGAGCCCGUGGCGAGCGUGCUGGUGGCUCGGUCCCCCGACGAAGGUGCCUCCGUCAACGGCGACGACACCCUUGCAGGGGCCGCCUCGCUCAUCGACCGCUUCCUGAACGACGCCAACACGGCCACGUUCAUCCUGCCCACGCUCAUCGUCGUCGUGACCAUGCUGGCCUGCAUGGUGCUCGGAGUGGCCAUUUUUAUCGUCCUCGAGUGUCGCAAGGUUAAGAGGAUUUCUGCGUCGCUGCACUAACACGGCGCCGCAUGGCGCCACUCGAGAACUCGUUGAAUCUACUGCUCGAUCGCAUCGCUGUCGAAAAAAAAAAAUCUCGAUUUGAAACUUUUUACGGGUUUCAUUUAGUGAAAGAGUGACACAUAUCACGAGCAUAAACCGAAA